GUCCUCAGAACGAGCCAGACGCUUCACUCACUCAACUCUCGUCUUGUCUGCUGUCCUGGGUGGGAGGUGGACGUGUGGAUUGAGUCGCUCGUGGUGGUCGUGUGGGGGGGAAAAAAGAAGAAAAAAAAAAACACACACACACACACACACACGUUUACGUGCGGAACGUGCUGCUCGUCUGCCAUUCCCCUCUCGUGGAUGUGAGGGAAAGCCCCUCUAUCACAGGACAAAGCAUCCUUCAAUUCCACGCGUGUGUGCACCGUUUUUUUCCCCCGAGAGUGUGUUGCCUCACAACUGAGACCCCCACUCGUUUCUGCUUUGUUCUUAGUCACCGUGAACAGCACCAUCGCAGGCGUGCUUACAUGUGAUGAAGUCCCCUAUUGCAGCGGCAUCGUCGGGCGACGUCAAUCUUAAUUAAGGAUUUUUUUUCAUUAUUAUUUUUAAAUACGUCAGUGUUUCAUCUCAACACCAGUAUUGAGAGAAACUGAAGAAGAAGAAGAAGAAGAAGAAGAAGACGGCAGCGAGGUUCCAGAACGUGGCUGCUUGGUGAAACAUCCAUGAGCUCCGAUUUUUCACACUACAGUUUCAGGAUGCCAAAUAUAGGGUUCCAGAACCUGCCCCUUAAUAUCUACAUUGUUGUGUUUGGGACAGCCAUUUUUGUCUUCAUCCUCAGCCUCCUCUUCUGCUGCUACUUAAUAAGGUUACGGCACCAGGCGCACAAAGAACUCUAUGCAUACAAACAAGUUAUUCAGAAGGAAAAGGUGAAAGAGUUAAAUUUGCAUGAGAUAUGCGCGGUGUGCUUGGAGGAGUUCAAACAGAAAGACGAGCUGGGGAUUUGUCCGUGCAAGCACGCCUUUCAUAGGAAAUGCCUCAUCAAGUGGCUGGAGGUGAGGAAAGUGUGCCCGCUGUGCAACAUGCCCGUCUUGCAGCUUGCCCAGCAGGCUGGCACCACGGAACCUCCUGUGCCAAUCCAGCAGCCUCUGCCCGGUGUCGAGAACCUGGUCUAGUGGACCUGAAGCCAACAUGAGGGUGACACUAUACAUAUAAGUAUAUACACACACACAAAUAAAUACAGACGACCAGUCUGCUGGAAAGGUCCAAUUAUUUGUGACUCUGCGGACCCGCCUGGUGGGAAAGACGUGCUUAUCUUUACGACAUAAAAAGGGUUUUUCCUCAACUUGCUUGGAUUGAUCAUCAACUGUGGAUUAACUUUUUUUUUGUUUUUUUGUUUGUUGGAUACGGAAAGAACGUUGAUGUGGUUCACAACCAAAGCACUUUUUUUCUGUGGACACCAGCUGAACAGGAGGAUGACAGCGAACACAGCAGCCAAGAUCUACAAUACACGAAAUAUUUUUUUGUUUUGUUUUUGUUUUGUUUUUAAUUAUUAUUUAAUAAGCACUUUACAAGAAGUCAAAACUUAAUUGCUUGCAAUUGUGGUAGCAAUGUUUUAUAUCAGAUUUUUUUGUUUUAUAUCAGAUUUUUGACCAUUACUUCCAUGUUCAACUUAAAGCCUCGCAGGUUUACAUUUUUAAUUGGUAAACUUGGACUAGAAUCACAAGUCUCAAAGGGAAAAAGUAAUAAUUUUGUUAAAUGUCUGCAAGGCUCCAUACAUUUUAAUUUCUUUCCACACAUGCUUUGAAGGAAGCUCAAAAGAGACUUCAAUCCAUUUAUUUGAAAUGAAAGGAUUACACAUGCCAAACUCCAUAUGAAGUGCCGUCUUAUUAGUCUUUACUCUUAUUAUUAUUAUUAUUAUUAUUAUCCGACUGUUUUAAUGGGUUUGUAUUAUUCUGGCAAUCCAGAAAAGUGUUUCACUAAUAAAUAAACUGCCAUGUUUCCUCAUAUAGCGGCUGUGCGGCAGAGGCGGGGGCGCUAAUUUCUCAACUGCACAGAGUACCGGCCAUCUAUUCGCAGUAAGACAUUUAUUCGUAAGUGUGAAAAUAUAUAUAAAAUAUUAAAAAUAUAUACAAUAUAUACAAAUAUGUUCAAAUCUUUUUCUUUUUUUUUUCCACAUAUCAUCGCUAUCGACGGAAUACACUCGGAUUCAAAAUCACAAUUUUUCAAGAAAUUUGGGGGCGGGGGGAGCAUCCUGCUUGAGUUACCAAACACUGCAUUCUUCAAGUUGGUAUUAUACAUUAUAUUGAUAUCAUAUAUAGUUGCACACGAACAUCAUCACAACACAAUCCUAUUCAAUCGCUAAUUGAAUUUGCUUAAAAAAAAAAAAAAAAAACACUAACUUCGCUGUUAUUGAUUAAAAUGGUAAGAUAUGUCACCGGGACCAGUCAUCCACAUCGUCAAAUUCUUUUUCAAAUGUUCUAAUUGCCAUUAGUGAAGCAAAAAAUAAAUAAAUACAAUGAUGAACUGACUAAGAAGUGCAAUAUGCCGAAAUGCAUCUAUACGCAACUUACCUUUGUGGCGAACUCAUUCUCUUCUGCUCCGAAGCAUUACAGCGAUCCAUUUUUAACAAAACAGGCUUACUCAAAUAUAUUUACCAUUACUCUUUUCACUCAUGACCGCCUCGAAAACAUCCGGACUUUCAAUCUUGAGUUGAUAUAAUACCGCUCGGCUCCCGCAGACUGAGGGAAGAGGCGAAGUUUUACAACACUUCUCAGCCAGCUCAAGUGUUCAAGCGCGUUAACAGAGUUGUUCUUAAGCUAUUUUCAAAAUUAGUUAAUUUUUCAAAAUGGCAGACAACGUGGGCACAGAUCAUUAAUGUUGAUUUGUGGAAAAAUGUUAAAUUGACCAAUGUGACGCCCCGGAGCGACGAUAUACACAAUUGUCUGAGAUGUGAUGUUAACUCAUGAAGAAAACAGCUCAUUUUCUUAACUAUAGCAACACGGGUUCACAUACUGUGAAUAUAUAAAGGCAGUGUUUGGGAGUAUCCGGGGCUUCAAAAAAUAAAAAUAAAAAAUAAAUGUUACAAACACGAAUGACACUUAUGGUCAUUCAUUCACCUAAAUGUGUUAAAGAAGCACUAAAAAUGCAUUGGAAGCUGCCAUUUCAUGUGUAUUUUUUUAUUUUUUUUUUAAACGAUACUGACGAGGUCCAUGAGCACUCAUGUACCUCUCUCCCUACUAAGGGAGUUGCCCCCUGCUAGAGUCAGUGCUCACUGGAUGUAAUGAAGCAGCAUUUCCAUUCACACACACACACACACACACACGAUGCAUCAUUCUCGAGCUUUCGCUUCACUCUCUUUCUGUUUGAUACUUUUUUUGUUUUGUUUGGACCACUGAGCCCUGCUUUUUGUUGUGGUUUUUGUGUCCCCGGUUGUAAGCUGCUCCCGUGAAAAGUGCUGAUCACUUUAGUGAGCACCAGUUUACAAAAAAAAGGGAAAGGCACAAUCAUUAAAAUCCCAAAAGGUGAAAAGCAAACCCUAACCCAUUUUAAAAUAAAUAAAUGUACUUGAAUUAAAUAUUGUAAGAUUAUAAUUAAAAUGUGAAGCAGCAUUACCAUUCAAAUUGAAUUACAAAAUGCCAUAAUUCACCUGGUUUAAUUUCUCUGUGAUUUGCUUAUUGUGGAAUUGAACUGGGAAAAUGACUGAUUGUGCCUUUAACAAUCCAAACAAACAGUCAUGGCUGCCCAGGUUACACACACACGACAACACGCUUACACAUAUAAUGUUUUAUUAUAUGCAAGGUGGCAUCUCACAACUUUGUCGCACACAUAACAACAUUGGGAACAAGUAUUUCUCUACAUUAACCUUUUUCAGAACAAAAAAAUACAUCUAUUAGUUUCUUCACUGUAGUUUAGGAUAAAGUUUCCCUUGUGAACAUGAUGAAUCAAAAAUUCAUUUGCCGAGAAAUUGUGUGCCUGAUUGAUGAUCAAUAGAAUGGCUUCCAACAUUUUAUUUGGACCCCUAAAAAUGUCCCCGUAGCCCAUUUUGGCCACCGAACCACAGUUUGGGAAACCCUGACUUGAGAGAACAAAAAUGGCAAUAUUGAGAGAACAAAAUAAGCAACAAAUUGGCAGUUUUUGCGAUGGUGUGUGCUUAAUUUUUUUUUAAUGUAAAGGCUCCAUCACUCAACAAAUGUUACAAAAGAAUGCUCCUUAAAAUGUGAUUUAUUGUGACAAUAUGUGUCGUUCACUGCUAACAACACAAGUCUUACGUCUUUGUAUGUAUCCCGCUUGGUUCAAUGUAAACGCAUGCUAACUCUGUGUACUGAUUAUCACCACUGUAACAUGUUCACAUUGUUAGUGUGUUGAUGCCACAAAAUGACCUUUAAACAGGGUACACACAUACCAAUUUUUUUUAAUUGUGAGAGACCGCACACACCACAAGGGAAAAAAAACUGCGAUUUUUUUUUUUUUUUUUUUUUUUUUUUUUUUUUUGCUCUGUGGUGUGACGUGUACGAGAUGACCAACACAGCUCACCACACAUAUCUCCACCGAUGAUUGUGAGUCUCCUCCCCCAAACCAGAUGUCUGUUGUAGUACCAAGGCUGACCCGUGAGAGGCAGCAUGGUGCCACAUUGCGUCCACACUGAUGAAAAGUACAAAGAAGGAGAAAUCAACGAUGCUAGGCUUGACUUUGCUAUCGUAAAUGUUGAACAUGUUUAACAUUUGCGAUAGCCCAGUUAUCCGUAUGUGUGUACCCUGCUUGAAGCGAUCACUCCCUGAUAUUUAUCGUAAACACCACAAAGAUCCUAAUUCCAAUCGAAGUGCCAAAGGAAUUAAAAAAAAAAAAAACAGAACAUUUCUGCAUUUUUUUUAAAAAACAAAAGUGAUUGAAGAAAGCAAAGAGAUGUAGCCAUGAAUACUGGAGGAGUGUUACGCAUCUUACGCUUAAACUCUGAAUACUUACUGAAAGCAGUCAAAUCAGAGUUUCAUUUGAAUCUUGGUGGAUGCUUUGAGGACAAGUGCACUCGUUAUUUAUUCCUCUGUAGCUUUGUUGUGCCCCUCCCUCAGAGAAAACAUUAUGAAAAAUAAUAAUAAUAUCCAAUAUAACAAUCUUGACUUUGUUGUAAACAGAUGUUCUGUUUGUGGACUUUCACAGACAUUGUAAAACUAAAAAUUCUGCAGCAGAAUAUUUUUGAAGAUGAUGAUAAUAAUAAUAGCUGUACAGUAUUUGUAAGCUCUAUUUUUGUAUAUUGCUAUUUUGAGGGGAAUGUAAUCUGAUUUGUUUUCAUGUUCAUGUUUUUAUUUGGCUAAUUUCAUGUUUAUUCGUUUUAAAAGAUACACAAUUGCAUGUGACUGAUUUGAACUGUAAUAAAGUUUACAAGAUUUGA